AUGAAGGCCGCCGCCCGCAUCACCCCCGCCUUCCGGCCAGCACUGUUGAGGCAACCCGUCGCCCGUGCGGCGCUAGCCGGUCCCAGCCAGGUGCGCGGGCUGGCGACCGAGGUUUCUGAGCCUGCGCCCGUAGCCGAGGCCGAGGCCAUGCCCAACAUUGAGAUCCCGGCCAACCUUACCUUUGUCGACAUGGCGCCGGCCACGAAGAAGCAGAGCGCCGCUGCGCUCCGCGAGCUCGGCUUCCCCCUCCACAAGAUCUCGCGCGCGACACGCUACGACGAUAUCGAACACCCCCUCUCCUCCCUCGCGUCCGACCACCCGACGCACGCGCUUCCAUCGGGCGAGACUAUCCUCCUUCCCCGCGACGUCUUCAACAUGCCUCUGAGGAAAGACAUUCUGCACCGCAACGUCACCUGGUUCCUCGCAAACAUGCGUGAGGGCAACCAGCACACGAAGAAGCGCAGCACAAUCGCGUACUCUGGGCGUAAGAUCCGCGCCCAGAAGGGAUCCGGUAAGGCACGUCUCGGUGACCGGGGUGCCGGUACCCUGCGCGGUGGUGCGCCAAUCUUCCCACUCUCGCCUCGCGACUGGAGCCAGAAGCUGCCGCGCAAGGUGCAGGAGCUGGGUCUGCGGACAGCACUCAGCGCCAAGUUGCGCGAGGGGUUCAUGCGUAUUGUGCCCGACCUCAAUGAGGGCAUGUGGGCCGGCACAAACUCUGCGAUUCGCGCGCUCGGCGACGGCCUCGUUAACAACGAGUGGGUGCACCGCUUCGGACCACGUCCCGACCUCUCCAUCCUCUUCGUCCACGCCCCUAGCAAGGACAAGAAGGACGUUGCGGAAUUCUGGCGCACUGUUCGCAACCACCCCGGCAUCGACAUGAUGUCCACCGACGAGAUUGUCGUGUACGACCUCCUCAAGUACCGCUGGGUCGUGCUCGAGGCCGAUGUCGUUGACGUCUUUGCGGGCAACCCCUUCGCUGGCGUCGAGUAUGAACCCGCCCUCGCAGCCCAGCUCGAGGAGAUGUUCGCCUCCCAGAUUAAGCUGUAG